UUCCGGGGUGGAGCCAGAGAGGGCGGGGAGUUUAGGCAGCGCCGACCCCUCAGCCCCCUCCAGGAGCCGUUCGGAGCCCGGGACAUGUCGGGAUUGAGGCGAUACGAGGUGGCGCUGGAGGCGGAGGAGGAGAUCUACUGGGGCUGCUUCUACUUCUUCCCCUGGCUGCGCAUGUGGCGGAGGGAGCGGAGCUCGCCGCACCCCCGGGAGCAGAAACUGGAGCCGCUGCGUGGCCUGAUGAGCUGUUUAUCAAGUGGCCUGGGUCCCGCCCCGCAGCGCGCUGGACGAAGCCUCCCCCGCAGGCCCCCGACCGCCACUACUCAGCCAGCCAGUGCAUUAAAAAUUUAAACUCAA